AUGCGCUACACAUCGACUCUCUCUUUGUUGGCCUCUGGGGCUAUUCAAGGCGCCCUCGCCUUGGACGCCGCCGGAUGGCGCAACCAGAGCAUCUACCAGAUCAUCACUGACCGUUUUGCGACGUCUGAUGGUUCGGCCCCCGAAUGCGACACCCAGAUCGGCAAGUACUGCGGUGGUACCUGGAAGGGCAUCACGAGCAAGCUCGACUACAUCCAGAACAUCGGUGCCACUGCCAUCUGGAUCUCGCCCAUCGUCAAGAACAUUGAAGGAUUCAUUGAGAACGCCGGAGAGGCCUACCACGGCUUCUGGACUGAGGACAUCUACUCCCUCAACGACCACUUCGGCACCGAGGCUGACCUUAAGGAGCUCACCGACGCCCUCCACGCCCGCGGCAUGUACCUCAUGGUUGACAUCGCCCCCAACCACGUCGGUCUCAACCAGAACCCUGGCGACUACUCCAAAUACAUCCCCUUCAACAAGCCCGAGUACUACCACAAGGAGUGCUCCAUCAACUGGAACAACCUGAAGUCCGAGCAGAUCUGCUGGCUCGAGGGUCUGCCCGACCUGAAGACCGAGGACGCCUACAUCCGCAAGGUGUACGCUGAGUGGAUCAAGGACUUCGUUACCAAGUACAACAUCGACGGUCUUCGCGUUGAUACGGUCCUCGAGAUCGAGCCCGAGUUCUUCAGCGUGGGUGGCUUCAGAGAGGCUGCCAGCGUUUUCCUCCUUGGUGAGAUCAGCCACACCAGCCUGGACACCCUGGCCCCCUACCAGCAGGUCAUCGACGGCUUCAUGGACUACAGCGCCUACCACCAGCUCGCCGACUCCUUCAAGAAGGUGAACAGCGACCUCGAGGUCGUCUUCACCGGCACCAACGAGAUGGCCGCCAAGACCAGCAUCGACCCCUCCCUGCUCGGCUCCUUCGCUGAGAACCAGGACCAGCCCCGCUUCCCCUACACCAACAAGGACAUGGCCCUGGCCAAGAAUUUCUACGCCUUCACCCUGCUCCGCGACGGUAUCCCCAUCAUCUACUACGGCCAGGAGCAGCACUUCUCCGGCAGCACCACCCCCAACAACCGUGAGGCCCUCUGGCUCGCCGGCUACGACAUCAACUCCGAGCUCUACGGCUGGCUCCAGCAGGCCAACAAGAUCCGCGUGCACGCCGCCAAGGCCAACGCCAACUUCCUGACCACCGAGCGCACCCAGGCUAUCUUCUCCUACGGCAGCGACGACCAGAGCCAAGUCAUCGCCUUCCGCAAGGGUCAGCUCUUCUCCAUGUACACCAGCGGUGGCGUCAACGCCGCCAACAACGCCAUGUUUGCCAUCGCCCGAAACGCCCACCUCUUCGCCAUCGGCUCCGAGGUUAUCGACGUUGUGAACUGCGAGUCCUUCACCGUUGCCGACAAGGGCCGCCUCUGGGUGCAGAUGCCUGCUGGCGGUCUCCCCCGUGUCUUCCUGCCCAAGGACCAGGCCGAGGGCCUGUGCAACGACGUCAAGGCGCCCCUUUCCAGCGCCACCGUCAAGGUUGCCGUUGACAAGAACUCUGGCUACAACAAGCGCUCGCUGCCUUUCGUCACCAGGACGAUGGCUUAA